GAUCCAAACAAUCCGGAAGACGAGUCACUGUGACGGAACUGCUGUCUGCGCCGCUGCAUAACGUCAGUGUUUCAGGACUGAUGAUGUUUAUCGUGUAACUUUACCUGAUGAUGUUGUCGAUCAACAAACAAACGUAGCGGCUGAGGUUGGUCUCUGCUGUGCCUAGUUCAGCUUCCUGUUGUUAGAGUCAAAGUUCAUGUGAACAGCUCAGACUGGUCCAGACGCAUCAUGGGCAAUGGCAUGAAUAAGUUUUUGAUGCUGGACUGUGUUGAAUAUCUAACUCGAAAACCCAAGAUGUCUGUGACUGCUGCUUCACAGGUCGUUGACGGACUCUACCUGGGGAAUAUAAGAGAUUCAGAGAACAGGGAGAGUCUGUCGAAGAAUGGCAUCACCCACAUCCUGUCUGUGUACAACAAUGCCAAACCUGUGUUUGAGGACAUGACAUAUCUUUGUAUUCAUGCAGCAGAUGCUUCCAGCCAGAACCUAUCACAGCAUUUUAAAAGGUGCAUCAGCUUCAUCCAUGAAUGUCGCCUGGAUGGUGGAUCGUGUCUCGUUCACUGUCUGGCAGGUGUAUCCCGCAGCACCACCAUGGUGGUGGCCUACCUGAUGACUGUCACACACUGCAGCUGGGAUGAGUGUUUGUCUGCAGUCAAGGCCGUUCGCUCUAUUGUCGGCCCAAACUACGGCUUCCAGCAGCAGCUGCAGGAGUACCAGCAGACGCAAGUCUUAGAGUACCGAACAUGGUUACAGUCCGGUUUCCGUCCCAGUCCAUUCAAUGACCAGGAGCAGGUGGAAGCCCUCCUGAGCCUGUACACAGAGCAGCAGGCGAGCCAGAGGAGCGGAGACGAUCAGCGCUCGAUAAAUCGUGGUAUAGCUGUCUGUUCUCUGCCGUCUGUUGCUGAUGAUCCUGAGGGCAGCAGCUGAAACACGCCAAAGUCCUCCUGCCCGGUUCUGCCUGGAAAAAGUCAGCAGCUAUUAUUCUGUUCUCAAUUCCAAAUCAACCCUUAAAAUAUAAUUAGAUCCAAGGCAUUUGUAUGAAUGCCCCCUUAUGAGCCUUUUUUUUUACCUUUUUUUUUUGGGACAUUUGAUUUGAAUCGCUCAUAGUCGACUUGACGCCAUGGAGGUUGAUUUCGAAUUGAUCAACAGACUCCUUUUCACUAGCUGUACUUCCCAUGCUCACUUACAUGAGUACAGCCACAAUAUCAGUUCUCACUGACGCCUUAUUCUCAACACCUCAGCACCUUAGCCAUGAUGAAUACACUACACUCCCAUGUGGGCACAUCACACCUGCAGCAUUGAGCUUGGUAGCCUUAAAGAUGUGAUUGAUUAUUACUGGAGUCCUAAAGGAACAUACUGAUACACUCGUGGAGUGCAUACCUCCCCCAAGGCUUUAAAUUCAAUCAAGCUGGACCAAACUGCACACUCUCAUAGGAGGCAAUAACCAAGUAGGAUUAGAUUGGCUGGCCACUUACAGAGAUUACAACAACCAUAAAUACAAUCCCGCCGCACAUCACUGCCAUGUAAUAAACAGUGUUUGUUCUCACCUAGUUAGUUACUGUACUUGAUAUCUGAUUACACUGGGAAAACUUUUUAAAAUAAACUAUAAUGUAAAGAGUAUUGGUUGCUCAUCUUUUGUGGCUUUGUAAAGACACACACAUAUGAAGGAGAAAGGUUGAAGUAAUACAUAACGGGUUAAACAGAAGCUACAUGAAGCACAGCUGCAUCAAUCUAUAACCACACAUGAAGGAUCUCUGCAAGUCUUCCUGAUGUUAAUGAAGCUCUGAUUUAUCUUUUUUUUUUGUGACUAAAUUGAUUUGUCUUAUAAUUUCAUGAGUAUCCUCAGUUUUUUUGUGUGUGUUUUUAUGUCACGUUUGUUUGGUUUGGUUUAUAAUACGAUGCAGUGAUUGUUAAAAAUAUUGAAAUGGGAAUAAAUCUGUAAUAAAUAACCAUCAACACCA